CUUGUGGGUAGCCGGCCGGGGGUCUCCUGGCGACGACCAUGGCGGGGGAUGUGGGGAGUCGCAACUGCACCGACGCCGAGUUGCUGCUGCACCCGGAGCUGCUGUCCCAGGAGUUCCUCCUCCUCACCCUGGAGCAGAAGAACAUAACUGUUGAAAAUGAUCUAAAAGUAAACAAAGACAAUCUUACAGAUCUUUACGUCCAGCACGCGAUACCAUUGCCUCAGAGGGAUUUGCCAAAGAGUAGAUGGGGGAAGAUGAUGGAAAAGAAAAGAGAGCAGCAUGAGAUAAAAAAUGAGACUAAAAGGAGUAGUACUGUAGACGGACUAAGGAAAAGACCCCUCAUUGUGUUUGAUGGAAACUCAACAAGUACAAGCAUCAAAGUGAAAAAGACGGAGAAUGGAGACAACGACCGACUCAGGCCCCCCCCUCAGGCAAGCGUUACCAAUAAUGCCUUUAGAAAAUUAUCAAAUUCCUCUUCAAGUGUUUCACCCCUAAUUUUGUCUUCCAAUUUGCCUACGAACAAUAAAAUGGAACACAAUAAUAAUGACACUAAACAGAACCAUGACUUAAUGCAUAGGAAAAGUCCUUCGGGUCCUGUGAAGUCACCACCUUUGUCCCCUGUUGGGACUACUCCUGUGAAAUUAAAGCGGGCUGCGCCUAAAGAAGAAGCAGAGGUGGCGAAUUACCUGAAGCCCCCAGAAACAAAGAGGAAGAUACAGCAUGUUACAUGGCCAUGAAGGGAAGCUUCCAGAAAUGUAAAUAUAACUGUAACUCACAGUAUUUACAGAGAUCCUGAUGAUUGUGGAAUUUUCUUGAGAGGUUUAAAAUAAGUUUGAAAAAAAAUAGUCUUUCCUUUCCCUCCCUCCCUUCUCCUUCCUGCCUUCCUUUUUAAACUUUCUUGACUUUGAUGUCCCAAUUAGGGAAGAGUUUCUUUUUAAAAUAGUAGCUUAGUGUAAACAUUUUUAGAAAUUUCAUUUUCCAAGCAGAAGCAUAUAGCAGCUCACAGUAUUUUAGUAAAUAUUGCCACAUGCAUCUGUAGGGUUCACCAAGAAAAGCAUCUUGGUGGUAUUGCUAGAAAAGUAUUCUGAACAAAGAUGAAAUAACUGUUCUUCCAUAGCUUGCACCACUUUGCCCCCUGAAAAGCAGAAGGGAAGUCAGGGCUUGCUGCUGCUUCCCUUCUUGAUGUUGUGCCAGAAUUGAUUGGCUAUGAAUCGACUGGUACAUCCUUGACAGCGAUCUUGUCUCGCAGGAGUCCUGCCUGCUCUUCUCUUGCAGCCAAGGACUCAUUCUUGAAUUCAGCUGUUCUCUUAUGAGCUCAUCUUUUUAAAAUGAAGUUGAUUUCAGAGUCUUUAGGCUGAGUGAUCAUGUUAGAGUUAGUGGUAAUUGUUGGGGCUAGAAGUCUAGAGUUAGGAGAGUCCAGGAAGUACAGUGGUGAGGGGUGCAUCUGUGUGCACUGAGUAAGCAGUUGUAGGGCUGCUGCUGUUCGAAUUCACUGUAGAGUGCAGCAGAGGAGAGGCAGACUCUUUAGUCUGAUACAUAUGGCUUCCGGCAGUUAAACUUCAAAGUCUUAGUUCAUUUCAUCUACUUGUAUAACACAGGGGAGUGAGAAAACACGGUGUAUCUUAUUCCUGAGUUCUAGUAUCUACUUUCUCAUGUAUUUCUAACAAGAGCAAAGCUAUUUUAUGGUUUUUUUUCAUGUUAUGAUUGAUUCUCAAAUUGGUGGUUUUUCAAUAUGCUGUAAGGGCAUCUCUCUCUCUCUCCUUUUUUUUUUUUUUUUUAAAUGUGUU